CAGAGUGUGAGGGUGUGUGUGAGGGAUUGGACUCGUUGAACCUGUGCGACAGUGUCUCUAUCGGAAGGCUUCAGAGGCAGUCAGGGGGCUGUUUGAGCAGUGACUUGCCUCAGCGCCUCCUCUGUGCCAGUGCUCUGUUGUCAUGCUCAACGCCUGAUGCACUCAGAGGACACAGGCUGCCCGGGAGACAGCGAGAGGGGCAUGAUGGCCGGACGCGCCCUGACUCGGUCAUGCAUCUCCAGAUAUCCGCCCGAGCUUCUGUUGGCUUCUUCUCCUGAUCCCUUUCAGCCCUCAUCGAUGUCCUUCCUGUGCGUCUCCGAGAGGCUGCCCACCUUCCUGCUGCCGCGCUCCCUGAAUGGAUGCUGCUGUCAACACACAUGUGUGGCUUGCGGUGAGAGCCCAUGAUCUGGACUGGACUGCAUAACAGCUCUGGGUGUACAGUGCCAUGCUGCUUUAGGGUGACACUGAUGCAUUUUUAAAGACUUCACCUUUUCAGGUUACAGCUGCUGUUGAUCACAUUCGUCAUGACGUAUGAUGCGGGGAAGUUGUUAUUCUGAAUUGAAUCAAGAGGAUUGACUGAGCAACACAUGAGAUGGGGGUGCUGCACAUAGAAAUAAGGUCAAAUAAAUAAUUACCAUCAGGAGUGAGGCAUCAGACAUCAUAAUGAAGAUUUAUUUGCCUCAGUGGCUGCAUACAUAUGCAGUGGAUAGAUUUUAAUUGGGUGUUUUCUAAGAACAAAAGAGCUGAUUGGACUGCACUGUCAGUGUGCUGAAGGUUGUCUGAAGAGAUUUCUUUUCUGUGUCCCAGAGAAAUGAAAAUUGCAGUGAGAGAAGAAAUCUGUGACUGAAAUUAAAAUCCGAAACAAAGAAAUAGGGAUUUGGGGGAUGGAUGAAACCAACAGCCCCUCUGCUGUUGUGUCUUCCGAGGAGAAACUUAAUCUCCCUCCAUGUAAGUUUUUUGUCACAGUCGCGCUGUCGGAUUCUUUCACAUCCCAACACGCUGGCAAACUGUCAGUUGUUCAUGUCGCUCUGUCUGGUUUCAUUCAUCUACUGUGUGUCUACUGAAGCCUGACCACAUGAGCGGAGGCGGCGCCCUGCAGCAACGCACCACCUACCUCAUCUCCCUCACCCUGGUCAAGGUAGAGGCUGUGGAGGAGAAUGGAGGGGAGGCCAAGAAGAGCGCCCAGGGGAAGGAGGUGGAGGCCGGGCCAGGAGGAGACGAGGCCCGGGCGGGAGUGGAGGCUGAAGGUGAAGCUCCUGCCCAGACUGAGAAUGGAGCCGGAGUGGAUUUAGGACAAACACAAAGGGCCGAGGAUGCUGCUAUUUUGAAAGAGGGCGAGCUAAUUAAUGAACUCAAAGAUGGAGAGAGAAAACCCCUCAGUCCCCUGAAAGAUAAACCGCCCUCCACUGCUGAUGUCCCGAGUCCAGCGAGCGAGAAGCCACCGUGCAACCUCUCAAUCCCCUUACCUGCUGAGAGAGUGACGAUUCAGAAGGCAACGUCUGCAGAGAUCAAUUCAACACGAGACGAAACGACACUUCCCACCCCUGAGGCAAAGCAAUGCACGUCCCCAUCACUGACCACAACACCCCCGACAGAGGUGAUCGAGCCUAGCCGCACCCCAACCAGGACCAGCCUCCCUAUCCGCCCGGUGGGCCAACGUCCUGUAAGUCUGCUGAAGUCCCACAGCAGUGCAGCCACCCGCGGUCGCGACACCAGGGAGGGUAGAGAGCGCAGCCCUACCUCGGCACAGAGCCUGGACCGCAAGGACUGCCGCAUGCCCACGCGCUCACCAGGCCCCUGCAGGGCCUCGUGGGCCGAGGCGAGCAGGCCCGAUGGAUGGAGGGACCUGCGGGAUGAGGCCCAAGCUGGAAUACCUCUGGAGAUUGGAGGUGGCAUGGCUGCAGUGAUGAGAGACUUGCCCAGGAAGGAGAGACUAAAGACAGGUUCGGCCUCCCUACCGGCGCCUCCUACACAGGCCUCCAAACCAGCACGCAAAGGUAAAAGCCGCACGCUGGAUAACAGCGACCUGAACAGCCUCUCUGAAGACCUGGGGCUGGCCAGGGAAGCCCAGCAGGCGCAGCAGGGCCAGCGAGGCUCCGCCAAAGACAGAAAGAUGCUCAAGUUCAUCAGUGGCAUUUUCACAAAGAGCAGUUCAGGGGCAGCGGGGUCAUCCUCCACAGCGCCUCCUGUCUACAUACAGAGAGACUCCAGUGAGGAGGAAGUAAGUAUUGCCAACACCCAGGAGUGGACGCUGAGCAGAUCCAUCCCAGAGCUCAGACUGGGCAUUCUGGGAAGUCAAAAAAGUGGCAAGUCAGCGCUGGUGAACAAAUACAUCACAGGCAGUUAUGCUGCGAUCGAGAAGCCGGAUGGUGGCAGGUAUAAAAAGGAAGUGGUGGUGGACGGGCAGAGUAAUUUAUUACUGAUCCGGGAGGAAGCUGGUCCACCUGAUGCACAGUUCUGCAGCUGGGUUGACGCAGUGAUCCUGGUCUUCAGUCUGGAGAACGAGGCCAGCUUCCAGGAGCUCUACCAGCGCUACAGCCAGCUGAGUGCACACCGCGCAGACAUCCCAGUCAUAGUGGUCGGCACCCAAGAUAAAAUCAGUAGCACCAACCCUCGUGUGAUUGAGGAUCAGAGAGCCAGACAGCUGUGCAUCGAUGUGCGUCACUCGCUGUUCUACGAGACCUGUGCCACCUAUGGGUUCAAUGUUGACCGAGUGUUUGCGGAGGCUGCCCAGAAGAUUGUAACUCAGAGGAAGCAGGCGGCGCUGCAGGCCUGCAAGUCUCUUCCCAACUCUCCCAGUCACUCUGGAGGCUCCACGCCUGGAUCUGCAUCGUUCCCCGGCCAGGCUAGUAACGGCCAGAAUAGCGGCUACACCUGCUCCCUCCCCUCCACCCCUGUGGUCGGUCACAGAGAGCUGCGGGUUGCAACGGGAGAGGGGGGAGGCAGUGGUAACCGUGCUCUGAAGACCAUCCCCAGACGGCCCUCCCUCUUCAAGAACCGGGACCCGGAUAAGAAGGCGGGCGACGGCAAAGGAGACCUGAGUGGCGCGCGGGGCGUUCCCAUCAAACAGAGCAUCCUGUGGAAGAGAAGUGGGAGCUCGCUGAAUAAGGAGUGGAAGAAGAAAUACGUCACCCUGUCCAACAAUGGCACGCUGUCUUACCACUCCAGCUCCAGUGACUACACUCAGAAUAUCCACGGAAAGGAAAUCGACCUCCUGCGUGUCACGGUUAAAGUUCCCGGGAAACGUCCUCCGAGAGCCGUCGCCCCUGCGGGCCCCUCACCGGUCCCCCCCGGCUCCAUGCCUGGAGUCAACGGGCUGAGUAAGGAGCUGACGGCCGCUGAUAACACCAGCACAGUUCCUCAGCUGUGUCCAGCCACCCUCUCUGUGGUUGAAGACCGGUCUGGUGGUUUGUCGCCUCAGGGAGGAGAGAGAGGACUUCAACGCUGCGCCUCCUCGUUGUCCACCAAAGCACAAAGUGUCGAUGCACUUGAAGGAGCUGCCAGUCCUUUCUCUGGAAAAGACCCCGGUCAGGCAUCUCCCAUGAGCGACAGGAAGAAGAACAGAAGGAAGAAGAGCAUGAAUCAGAAAGGAGAUGCUGCCGUUGGGCAGGCUGAAGUGAGGAGAGAGAGUCGUGGAUUCGUGCGAAGUAUGAACAGCGGGCGUUUGUGGCGACCCUCCAGCCGCCUCCGGGGCCCCAGCUUCCAGAGGACAGUAUGCCGGUGUGGCUGCUCUCCGCAGUGACUGAGCGAGAUCUGCCCAGACUGCUGCUCCUCCUGGCCCACAGCACCAAGGACCAGAUCAAUGCUCAACUGGCCGGGUCGACCUCACUGCCUCGCACGGCCCUGCACGCUGCUUGUCAGCUGGGAGAUGUAGUCAUGACCCAGCUGCUCGUCUGGUACGGAAUCGAUGUGAAAGCAAAAGACAACCAAGGGCAGACGGCCAUGAAGCUGGCCAGAAAAACAGGGAGCAAAGGCUGCAUUGAUAUUUUACUCCAACACGGCUGUCCCAACGAGACGUCCCCGCCCACUGCCACGCCCGUCCUCGCCCGCCGGUCCAGCACUGCCAGCCUGGGCCGAACCAGCUCCAGGAAGCGGUUGACAUAGCGCGAGCCAAGGCCGCUACCUACGGAGGAGCUGGGGGGCCGCGCUGGAGGAUGCUUAUUGUUUAGUGAACCUUUUAAAACAUGGACACAGCAGGACUUUGGAGAGGGUGACAGGACUUUAUCAUAGUAUUAGGAUUUAAAAAAAUAAAAUAAAAUAGUUUCUGAAGACUGAACAACAUAUCAAACAACUUAAAAGCAAUAUUCAUUCAAUUUGUUGAUGACAUAUAUUGCUGAAAUACUGUGUUGUUGUUGACCUCAUUUUAAAAUGACUCAAGUAGAACUUUGUAGCCGUCUUCUGUAAUUUUAGAGCAGACGCUCCGACUGCUUCUGUUUUCACUUCCUCCAGGAGAAGUGCAAUAAUCCAGCUAUGAUGACGAGAAAAAAAAAGCAACAAGAGUUUCAGAGUGUGGGAUGACUGUAUGGUCUCAGCUGUGAGAGAAUCAAUACAUCAAGAGGGUGCUGCUUUUAUUCCAAUUAGUUGUGACUGGACCAAAAUGGCAAUUAUUUUUCCUUUUAGGCUUUACGAAUAAAACCUACAGUAUGUCAUGUUGUUAGUUGUGUGUGCCUGUCGCAGCAGUAUAAAGGUCAGUUUUGACGAUAUAAACUUUUUUCAGUGACGAAUCCCGCUGAAAUAAUCCUGCUUAGACUAGAAAAAUGAAUGGUUUGGAUUAUGAAAUAUGUCAGUGUUAACUCUCACAGGUCAAAGAUAUGGCGUUUUAUUAUACUGUAAAUGUAACUAUACUACAUACUUAAUGUUAAACUGUAACAAAGACACAACUGAAAGAUCAAAGAUUCAAUUUUGUAAAUGAUUUCUACUGGUAGUUUUGACAAUAUGUCGCGUUAGUUUUUUUUCAUUGUCUCUUAUAAUUUCGUAUUCUUCUACAUAAAGGUGUAGAUCGGUAAACAAACGCAUUUACGUAUGUACACAUGUGGCCAUUGUUUAAAAGGUUUAUUUGGGGAUGGCCAGAUGACGGCAUAAAGACAUUAUUCACAUUCAUAUUACUGUUGUGUAGGUCUAUCCCAUGAGUUUACAGUGAAGUAUGAAGAGUUGCAGAUAGUCAUUGUUACUUCUGACACUUUGUGGGUUGUGUGAAUCCUUCAUGAUUCAAAAGAAAUGGUUACCGGAAAUAAAUAAACUUUUUUUAAUUA